GUGGGUCGAAAAUCGAAGCUAGCCUAGUUUGCCGCCUUAAACGAACCAAUCAACACAAGUUUCAGCCAUGAUCCAGUCGUGUAUGCACAUCCUUCUCCCAAACGAGUAAACUUUGUUGCGGAUAUGAGAGCAGUUUUUGGGACCGCGACCUCGGAUAUGCUAAUUAGUCUCGUAGCAGCGGGGUCAAUGAAUCGUCAUUCCUUAUCACAGAUGAAUUAUAAACUGCUAGUUUCUAACCUCAAUUUCGACAAAAGCCUUUUUGCUCCCUUUUUUACAUUCGUUCAAAGUCUCUACGUCGUGGGACGAGGCAUGAUCCAACAUGUCGAACCUCGAAAAGACCUUUUCGCGUGAGCAAUCGCGACUUGGCAAUGAUAAUGAACUCCGAGCCGUUACUACGCCACAUAGUGAAAUUGUUCGAACUGUGACUCAAGAGAGAUCUUCCCGUCUUCCGCGGAUAAAAAGCGAGGCAGAUGAUAUUGAUGCGCAAAUCGACUUUGAGAAAGACGAAGAAUACAACGCCGAUUCCCCGGAUUCGGAGACUUCCCCAACAGGACAAGAUGGAGAAGAGAAUGCGUCUCAUCGAAUUAUAAUUCGAUUUGAUGAUGACGAUCCUGAGCAACCCAACAAUUGGAGUAAUAAGCGAAAGAUUUACGCCAUCUUCGUGGCUAUAAUGAUGGUCAUGAAUUCAACAAUAUCAAGUUCCCUUGCCGCAGGUGCAACCAAGCCAAUCUCGAAGAAAUUCGGAGUAACUGACGAAACACGCCUCAUUCUCCCAACAUCCAUCUUUCUCGUUGGAUAUACCUGCGGACCUUUGGUAUGGGGACCAUUAUCGGAAUCAUUUGGCAGGAAAUGGCCCAUGAUCGCCUCGUUUGCCAUGUUCACAAUAUUCUCAAUCGCAUCUGCAGUAUCACCGAAUUUUGCAUCCCUGGUAGUCUUCCGUUGGCUCGUCGGAGUGGGAGGGAGCUGUUCUCUCAGCGUUGUUGGUGGUAUCUGCGCCGAUGUUUACCAUGACCCAGUCAGCCGUGGUAGGAGUAUGGCCUAUUUCAUGGCGGCUACCACAUUUGGUCCUAUCAUGGGCCCCCCAAUAUCCGGUUACAUCUCAACCGUUUCCUGGAGCUGGACCUUCUGGAUUGGAGCAAUCAUCGCUGGCGCUACCUGGCCGCUCAUUUUGGUUUUCCCCGAGACAUAUGCACCCGCCAUAUUAAAGCAACGUGCCCGGAAGCUAAGGAAGGAGUCUGGAAACAUGGAUAUCAUCGCACCCAUAGAACUGGAGAAAACCGACAUAGGCCACAUCAUCACGGUAGUACUUACGCGGCCUUUCCGCAUGAUACUUACCGAGCCUCUGGUAUACUGCACUUGCCUGUACCUAAGUUACGCCUACGCAAUCUUCUACAUUUUCUUCCAAUCAUACCCGAUAAUCUUCCAAGGCAUCUACGGCUUCAGCGCCGGAGAAUCGGGCCUCACGUUCCUCCCCAUCGGCGUCGGCGCCGUCCUGGCCGCCGGCAUCUACCUAGCCUGGGACCACAUCCUCCUACGCGCGCAACGCACCCACAAACCGUGGGCCCAGUCCGAAGAGAUGCGGCGCCUCCCCCUCGCCGCCAUCGCCGGCCCAUGGUUCGUCUGCAGCCUCUUCUGGAUGGGCUGGUCCUCCCGCGACGACAUCCACUGGAUCGUGCCCACGCUCGCGGGAAUCCCCUUCGGAAUAGGGUAUCUGUGUCUCUUCAUGGCACUGCUCAACUACCUCGUCGACGCGUACGAGAUCUUCGCUGCGUCUGCGAUGGCGGCGGCCUCGUUCACGCGCUCGACGUUCGGCGCUGUGCUGCCGUUCGCCGCGAAGCCGAUGUACAGGAAGCUCGGCGUGCCGUGGGCGUGUAGUCUGCUGGGCUUCUUGAGCGUCGCGCUGUGCGCUAUCCCGUUUGUGUUUUUGAAGUUCGGUCCGCAGAUCAGGGCGAGGUCGAAGUUUUGCCAGUAUUUGGCGCAGAAGAAGGCGGAGGAGAUGGAGGAGGCGCAGAGGAGGAGGGGGAGUAAGGCGCCGAUGGAGGUUGUGAGGGAGUCGGCAUAGAGUUGUUUCGUUGCGUCUGCAUAUUGCAUCUGCAUGAGAAGAUGAGAAAUAAAAGCAUAUCGGAGCAUGGCGUUUGGCAUUGAUCAAAAGGACAAAGGUAUUUCUUUGUG